AGGUGGCGGCCUGGUGACAUAUACACACAAGAGAAGCUGCGAGAACGACUUCCGGGAGUACUACAAAUAGUGGAAGUGAGAAGGUGGAAGAGAGUACGGACACUCUGAUGAGGGAGUAUUUUGUACAUAUGGCGGAGGAGAGGCGCGAGAGAAUGGACAGAGAAAGAGCUGCGGAGAGAAAGAGGGUAGAGGAGGAGGCACGGCGGAAAAAGGAAGCAAGAAGGGCGGCGAGGGAAAAGAGAACUUGAAGACUAAUGGAGGAGGAGAGGGACGCUAGAUUAAUGAAGAUUAUUCGACACGAAAUGAGGAAAGAAAGAGAGGAUGAGGAAGAAUGCUACGAAGCUAAAGGAAAGAGACAAGCGAAGAUCGCAAGUCGGGAGGAGGCAGUGAAUGAGGAGAAAGAACGGCUUAGAAGAUGGAUCGCACAACAAACCUUUGGGAAGGAAGAAGCGGAGGAUGAGGAGCUGGUUGCACUACGUAUACCAGCAGCAAAAUUUAAACUGAUGGAGAAAAGGAAACGGGGUCCAGAAGUGCUUAUUGGGAACAAUCCACCUAUGACAACUCCGGAGAAGAGGUCGAGUACAAGACUUUCCGAGGAGGCAAAAAUGCGCAUCGAAACAAUGAAGGGGGAACUAAUUAAGGACACGGCGACAUCGAGUACACCGACAAAAAUUGACCUGUCUCUUAAACACAUCACGGCAGCAUGUGGGCCGGGUGGGAAGGAGAAAUUCGAGCACGACUGUCAAGAAUUCUAUGACGCGCUGACCAUAGACGAAUUGAAGGAGGUCUGUCGUCGGGAGAAGGUUACGUACGGUAACCGAGAACUGGCUAUCAAAAGGCUGGUUAUUUGGAGUUCCGCCGUGGCUUAUGACCCAUCGAAUAUUCCAUUACCGAUGACGACGCUUGUCACUAAGAGGUCCAGUAAAGGUGUAUUGAUUAAAGAAGAGGCGAAACGAGACACUUCGGAGUCGGACCAGUCCUUCAGUAAGGAUGACUCGGAGUGAGGUGCUUGUCGUCGCGACGACCUAUUUGCACGGGCUAAAGAUCUCAGUAACCUACGUCUACUUCAUCUAGGUAAGGAUAAGAGCGAUGAAAGAAGGUUUAGAGCUGUAGUGACUGGCCUGAUUUUCACCGGGCAGGUAAGUUGGGGGAAAAAAAUCGUGAAUCACUGGAAUGAGGAGGUGAGUAGAGGGACUUUUGAUUUGGCGGAGCCUAAGAGCUGUGUGUACGUGCUAAUUUCUCCGUGGCAUAAACAAGUGUAUGUUGGUUUGACGGAGCGAAAUCUGUGGGUGAGAUGGCGAGAAUACGUGUGCCAAGGGCGGGGGAGAAACAAACAUGCAAGGACAGU